GUCAUGUGUUCAUCUUUAGUUCACACUCGUUCAAGGGACAUGUCUGCAAUCAACUUAGAGAUGUACCACUCUGACCAUGGUGUCGACUUCCCCGACCUCACCUUCCACAUCCCUGGCAGAACUGCAGAGCUGGGCCCAGCAAACUAAGCGUGAACGCAACCAUCAACACAUCACGCUUCUACCUUCCCCUUCGCCCGGACAGGACCUCCUUCAGCUGCUGUAGCUCCUCUCCCCCCUUCCUUCCUCUUCAGUGAUGGACAGCCCUCCUAAACUUUCUGGCGAGACCCUGAUUGUGCAUCACAUUCCCCUGGUGCACUGUCAGGUGUCAGGGGGGCGACAGGGUGGCUGCGGGAGCUCACUUAAGAGGAGCAACCCAUUCAGCCUACCGGAGAACCUGGGUCUGAGUCGCACCACUUCCCUUCCCGAGAGAGACGUCCUCCAGAGGGAGGCUCUGCUCUACAGCAGCCUGAUCCAGACCUCCAGUGGCUCCUCGUCCUCCCACAACAGAGGAAGAGAGAGGAAGGGUGGCGGUAGAGGAGGCAGCAUGGCGAGUGAUGAUUCAUCAUUUACUUCGAGCAAUUCAGAAGACCAGCUGAUCACAGCUCACACUUUACCCAGGGCGAAACCAAGAAACAGGAAUCCAUUGCGUCAUAAUCCGUUCCUGCUGAAUACCGAAAAUGACAAUGAUGAAGAGGAGGAUGAUGGUGAUAACCUCAGCGGUUACCUUGAGGACUCGUCCUUCCACCUCCACAGUGACACUAACUCUGCCCUCGAUGAUGGGAUGGCAUCUUUCCGCCUGCACGACCUCGGCUUCGCUUCUGAGCCCUUUCUUCUGCACAGCUCAGUGAGAGGAAGCAGCCGGGAGUCCCUGAGGGGCGUCGCUUCAGAUCUGUCCAACCACCUGGAAGACCUGAACAUCUUAGGUCUGGACACCCAGCGUCGCCAUGGGAGCAGUGGUUCCAACAUGUCCAUGGACUGUGGAGAGCAGGACUGGGGUGAUGAUGAUGAAGAAGACGAAGAUCAUCCUAUGCGCUGCGGCCGAAGCAGUAAGACAGGCUCGUACUCUUCGAGCUCCUCGAUCCAACACUGCUCCUGCUGUGCAUUAUCUCAGAACUACCCUCAACACUUUCCUGAAACCUUCUCAGAGCCGUUUACGGUGUGUCAGCAAGGCUACGGCAGCGACUCCUCCUGCAACAGCUCGGAUGGCGUGCUCGUCAACUUCAGCGCUAUUUACAAUAAGAUGAACAACGGCAUACCAGAGAAGCCACCGGCCUCUGGACACACCAACCUCAACAGCUCCACUGACCACUCCUGCACCUCGUCUGUUUCUGAUCCACCAGGAAACCAGCGAGACUCAAGUGGAGGGGCUUUCUAUUUAGACCUUCACACCUCCCCAACCGAACUUCCCCGAUCACAGCAGCAACCCUCUUGUCUGGGCAACACCUUCCCUCUCAUCCGUGAGCCACAUCUGUCCACCUCCUCCACGUGCUCUUGCUCUGUUGAGCACCAGGGGGCUCUUGACCUUGACGCCAACUGCAACUCCUACCACCCUCCACAUUCUGGCUCGUCCGGGGACCUUGCAUCCUGUCUGCAGAGCCAGGCCCGUCUGGUAGUUGCCACCCAAAACUACUACAAGCUGGUCACCUGUGACCUAUCGUCGCAGUCCUCGCCGAGUCCUGCGGGCUCGUCGGUCAACAGCUGCUCCGAUGAGCACAGCAAAGGAAGCCCCACCCCAACUCAGCCCAGCGAGUACUUCCUGUUCAGACAGCAAGCUGAUCAGGAAGGCGUGGAGGAGGAGGAGGAAGAUGGAGAGUCAUCUAAGGAAGAUGAUAAUGCCGACGAUGAUGAUGAGGAGGAGACGAAGACUCACCAGGCGGCUGUUGGGGCUGAAGCUGCUCCCGCUGUGAUUGAGGGCCAGGUGUACGUCAACACCUCCCCUCCUGUGGUUGGCCGGGGCCUUUUCGGAGGCGGACCCUCUUCAGGAAAUCGUCCCCGCUCGCGCAGCUACGACCGCAACCUGGACAAGUCUCCGUCUCCUCGGCUCGGAUCUCUGGAGCGUAUGUUGAGCUGCCCCGUCCGGCUCAGUGAGAGCGCAGCCCCGACCCCGCCUCCACCGCCGCGGGUCACCUCCUUCGCGGAGAUCGCCAGAAGUAAAAGAAGAAGCGGCGUUACGGGGGGGUCGCCGUCCAUGAAGCCAGCCGCGGACCCUUUCUCCUCUACUUACUCCGCCCACUCGCACUCCUCGGUGGAUUUCUCUCCAAUCCUGGAGCAGCGGGCGGAGGCUGACAGUCAGAGCCUGUCUCCUGCGCCCUUCACCCGAUGUUACAGCCACGGCAGCAUAGAGCGACACCUGGAGGGCGCGAGGGAGACGCGGGCCAAGACUGAAGGUGGCCUCUCCAGCUCCUCAGACAGUCAGCCGGCGGUGGUCCGCUACAGCCGGGACCAGCGGCCCACCACCCUCCCCAUCCAGCCCUUCACCUUCCACCACCAGUUUGCCUCUAAACCCCCCCAGCCCAAGCCCCUGCUGCCCCUGCUCACAGGUUACGUCUCUGGGAUGCAGGCCCGCUCCAGUUCUGGUUCUGGUGGUCCGGUGGGUGAGGAUGGUGAGGAGGCAGCUGAAAAUGUGCACAGUUACCAGGGGGCUCUGGCUGGGGAAGCCCCUCCCCCUGGAUCAGUUCGUCCCUCGCCGCUCGGGAGCUACUCCCCGGUUCGUCUCCAGGGGGCGCCCAGCUCUGGAACCUGCUCCACCUGCAGCCCCAGCCCUCAGCCGCCUCACAGCCCCUCCUGCCCGCUGUCGGCCGGCUUCAGCCCCCUGCACUCCCCGCCCACGGCAAAACAGGGAGGGGGUUCAACACCGUUACCGUCGACCCCUCCGCCCCCGUCGCUGGGCGUGAAGAGAGGGGCGGUGCCACCGAUGCUGCCGGCGGUGCAGGGACACUGUUUCCACCGUGGAGGUCUGACGAGUUUACCGGCGCUGCACAGUGACACGCUGAGUCCGCUGGGAUGUCUGGACUCUGGGAAACACGCGGAGGGAAGCAAAGGACCUGGAGCCAGGGCACAAAAUGCUCACCACCUCUCUCCUCAAGCCCUCAAAUGGAGGGAGUACCGCCGUCGAAACCCACUGGGGGUGGAGAGGGGCUCUGGCGUGGGAUCGGGCAUCCUGUCCGGCAACCCUGAUACCCAGAGGGGCGGGGGGGCGCGGCCUGCCAGGCGCAACGUGUUCGAUUUCCCAGCGGCGCCCUCUGGCCACAUGCUGGGACGGAUUAAUGUCGGCCAAUCAGCUAAGCUGCAGCAGAGCUACAGCGACUUCCUGCCGGACUAUUUCUCCAUGACCGAGAAGCCACCGGAGGAGUUCUGCCUCUCCCCCGACGCCUCCUCUUCGUCGUCCUCCUGCUCUUCCUCACAGUCCCACAUCUCUGUGGACCUGACACAGAAGAGAGGUUUGGUGAAAGCCGUGAACACAGCAGUGGAUCUGAUUGUGGCUCAUUUUGGAACCAGUCGAGAUCCGGACGUGAAG